AUGGCAGUGGUGGCACCACCGUCAAACGAUCGAAAGCGGGUCAAGGUCUAUGAAUUGAGAGAUAAUGACUGGUUUGAUAGAGGCACAGGCCUGUGCUCUGCCCAGGUCAUCGAUGAUGAACCGAGAAUCUACGUGGAGUCGGAGGAUGAGCCAGAUCAAACGUUGAUCGUGUGGACUGAGCCUGGUGGUACGGACAUGGCAUUGAGUUUUCAGGAAGCCGAGGGAUGUGCUGUUAUCUGGGAAUUCGUGAGCAACGUUCAGCGCCAAAUGCUUGCUUUCACUGGACCAGAUGAUUCCCUCUCCGAUGAUGCUCUCGAUUCCAGCUUCUCCAAUCCCAUAAUCCUGCCUGCCCCGGAGCUUGGUAACCUGGCUGAGAUUGAGCAACGAAUACGACAAGCCAGCAUCGGUCCUGGACGAGAUUCGCUCACCAAAUUUUUAGUCCGAGAAGAAUAUCUCCUUAAACUUCUACCGCUGGUCAGCGACGCUGAGGACUUGGAAAAACUCGUCGUGAGCGAUCAUGUUAUCAGUGGAGUCGUUGGCGCCCUUGAAUAUGACCCCGAUUUCCCAACCCAUAAAGCAAAUCAUCGUCAAUACCUUAACGAUCGCAGCCGAUACAAGGAGGUUGUUCCAAUCAAGGACCCUAUAAUUCUCCGCAAAAUCAGACACACCUGGAGGCUACAGUAUCUAAAGGAUGUUGUUCUCGCGCGAAUUCUCGAUGAUCCCACCUUUUCCGUGCUAAACUCCCUAAUAUUCUUCAACCAAGUCGAUAUCGUCCAGCACCUCCAAACCAACACGCCUUUCCUCAACGAACUUUUCUCUAUAUUCAACCCGAAAAACACAGACAACAAGAGAAAAGAAGAUGCUGUGCAGUUCCUUCACCAAUGCGCAGCCAUUGCAAAAAACCUCCAAGCCCCGGCCCGCGCCAACCUCUUCGCAAACUUCAUAGGCCAUGGCCUCUUCUCAGUCAUCGCCUUUGCUGUGAAACACCCCAACCCCGCCCUGCGAACCACUGGCAUUGACAUCUUGGUUACCCUACUGGACCACGACCCGCUCAUGAUUCGCGGAUACAUGCUGAAAGCUGUGAAUGAGCAUAAAGUGCCAUUAACAGAUACACUUAUAGAUUUGCUGCAUGCGGAGACGGACUUGGGUGUUAAAAACCAGCUGGCGGAUGCGAUUAAAGUUCUUUUGGAUCCACAAGUGCCCAUCCAGGAUCCGAUGAGUAGGGCUGGAGCAGAUUUCCUGACAAAACUGCGCUCACAGAAUCCAAUUCCCGAUACCUUCGUGCAGAACCACUUCGAUGAAUCUGCGAAAAGGCUCUUUUUGCCGUUGAAGAAGAUGGAGCCUAGGCAAUCGACAUUAUUUACGGUGUCGCGGAUUUAUGCAUGGGGAAUCGCUUACAUCCAGGGUGGCGCAAUUGUUAGCAGUACCGCAAAAACAUUUGAAAUUAAUUUACAUGAUACCUUUUACGUUGCCCAGAUGACCCACAACAACAUAUUCGAAUUAAUCCUAAACAUCGUCUAUGAAACCAUGCCACGCGACAGCCUGCUAAACUCCGCAUGUCUGGAUCUCUUCGAGUUCGUGAAGCGCGAAAAUAUCAAAACUAUAAUCGUCCACGUUGUCGAGAAUUAUAGAGAUAUUCUCAAGAACAUCACGUAUGUUGACACAUUCCAGAAUCUGAUAUUACGCUAUGAUCAACUACAGGGGUACGGAGUCGCGCCGGAUGUGACGUUGUUCAGCCAGGACGAAUCGGUGGGGACCCCGCGAAUGCUCAUCAAUGGUGGUCAGCGGUGGCAUGGUGUUAGGGAGAUGGAUGCCGCGGAGGAGGAGUACUUCGAUACCUCGGAUGAUGAGGAAGAUGAGGUAUGCUUCUCGUCUCGUGAACUUAAACAUGACGAAUGGGGGGGAGUUGGGGAAGAACAUGACAUGAGCGUCAAGUUCAGUCAGACGCGUUGUUAUCGUGAUGGGACAUCGGUACUCAUUGUCGAUUACCAACAGGACAAACCGCAGCGGAUGGAUGCCACGGCGGCGAAUGCGAAUGCGAAUGCGAACGUGAGCCCGCCGACAGCUAUCGCGGUUAACGGAUCUGCGUCGCCAAUUGUCAAACCCUUGGUCGAUUACCCGGACGAUGACGACGAGGAGGACGUAAUGGAUAUAAAUGUCCAAAGUCAGCAACCGCAACAUACAGAACUCCAACCGUCAGACUCGCUAGCCAGCUCCAUUGAGCAAUCGGAACAACUGCGACAGCAAACACAAACACAGUCCGAACCAACCUCAACGACGUCACCAGACCGUUCCGCCACCCUCAGCCCACGUUUCCCCCCUUACCGCUACACAGAAAAACGCCGGCGCGAAGAAGACGAUGACGACGAUGAACUCGUCAAGUUAUCCUCGGGCACGAAACGGCGGAGCUCAAGCCUUAGCAGCAUCGGCUCAUCGGGAAGCAUCGGAAUUGGUAUUAGUUCAUUGAGAAAGAAGAAGAGUUUCUCUGGCGUGGGGAAGAAUGAUGAACGCGAGCGUGAGAGUGGCAAUUAUGAUGAUGGGACAGGGUCAAUGAAAUCUGCAGCGGCGGCAACGACCGUGACGACGACAACAACAACAACGACAGGAACAGGAACAGGGACUGCUGGUGCUGGUGCUGGUGCUGGUGUUGGCGCGGUCGGGAAGAAGAUUUCGAUUAAUUUGAACUUGUCGACAUUGAAAGCUGGUCCGGCUGGGGCCAAGAAAAGAACUGUGGGAACGGGAACGGGACCCGAGGGUGGAGCCGGGACCGGACCCGGAACUCCGAAAGCGGGCAGGCCCACCGCAUCCACAUCCAUCACUGCUGGAGAUGAGAGCGAUGAUGGUGGUGGAGAUCAUGGAGGCCCCGAAGCCAGGGUCGAUACUAAAUAG